UUAACACGCAGUUGGCAGGACGGUGUUUCUGAAGGAGGGGGCGGUGCGGAGUUUCUGCUGGAAGUCCACAGAGUUCUGAGUGAGAGGAACCGUGUGCUACAGCUACAGGACACAGUGUGGACAAAGAGCUCUCUCCAUUGUGCCUCUGAGCUGGGCCCGGUCCACUCCCUCCACCAUGGCUCGGUACCUGAGCUACUUCACGGCUGUGGGGGAUGAGCCGCAGGUCGCUGGGGAGGAGGAGGAGCUGCAGGCGGCCAGCGAGGAGCUGAGCCCGGCCACCGGGCUGUUCCCCACCACACUCUCCUUCAGACAGUCCCUGCAGAGGCUCUACAGCUCCGACCGCUUCCAGGUGGUGGUGGUGUGUUUGGUCAUCCUGGAUGCCAUCUUUGUUCUGGCCGAGCUGCUGAUAGAUCUGUCCGUGAUCAAGUUGGAACAUGACCACCUUGCUCCAGAGGUGUUCCACUACCUGAGCCUGGCUCUGCUCACGUUCUUCAUGGUGGAGCUGUUCGGGAAGCUGUUUGCUUUCCGUCUGGAGUUCUUCCAGCACAAAUUUGAGGUGUUUGAUGGUUUGGUGGUGACGGUUUCCUUCAUAUUGGACAUUGUGUUCAUCUUCCAUGAAGACGCCUUUGAUGGGACGGGUCUCCUCAUCCUGCUGCGACUCUGGAGGGUGGCCAGAAUCGUCAACGGUAUCCUGGUGUCAUUGAAGACUCGUGCUAACCAAAAGCUGCACAAGCUGAAGGAGAGCUACGACCACCUGGUGCAGAGAGUCACCGAGCUGCAGGAGCGCAGCGACACGCUGGGUCAGGAGAACCAGAGACUUCAAGCCCUGCUGAAGAAGCACAGCAUCGACUUCUAACUCAGGGAGAUACAUGUUGUGGAGCUACUGUCCAACGUCUCUAUAUUACAUCACUUUCUGCACUUUUUCAUACCAUGCAUUCCAUGAUACAUUCUCAUCUGUUAUUGUAUUACCUGAAGGGAAAUGAUCUAUUUUAAUAUCUUUAUCAGAAGAUGCAUAUCUAGGAUUCUUGUCAUUAUAGUGAUGGAAACCAGUAAAAAGUAUGGUGACUAAUGAAGUCAGAUGUUUUAAUGCAUCACUCCAGGAAGCUACAAGGCCUUAAAUUCCCUUACACUGAUGAUGUUAAACUGAAUGUGAAUCUGCUUAAGGGGCAUUAAUAAUGACUGUAUGCUGUAUAAAAACACAUGCCAAUAAAUGAAGUGAUUUCCUUUUAUUAAAAAAAAAA